UCUCCCAACCUCUACUAAACAAACCCCCCCUCCUUAAAGACUCACUCUCUCUCUCUCAUCCCAUUUUAUUGCUAUAAACAAAUCCAAACCCAGCCAUUCAUCUUCUUUGCACCCUCUCCCUCUCCCGUCUCUCUGCUCCCAGACCAACAGCUUCUCGUUUCUCUUAUUUUAUUACAGACCCGCGAAUAUCCUUCCAAUCAUAGAGGCCUUUAGUUCUGAUAAAAUUGAUGUACAAAGAGGAGAGAACUACUACUUCCAACACUAUGAAAGGUGAAUAUAUAGAAGCUAAGACUGAAACUACUCCAAGCAGCAUGUUCUCAAAGCUUCACCACCAACACCAAUAUCCACACCCACAACAACAGCAACAACAGCAACAGCAGCAUAACUUCCCAUUUCCACUUCCCUUCCACCAAUUCUCCGCCGCCACCCCGCGCGAAUGCCAGCAGCAGACCUCUGAAGACGACGACAGCCGUAGCAGCGGUGGUCCUAUCACUGCCACUCCCCAAGAUCAAGCUCAAGCCCAAAAGUCGCAAACCUCCUCCAAACCGAAUACCGGCGACGGAGCCACCAUCGAAGUGGUCAGGCGGCCCAGGGGCCGCCCGCCCGGCUCCAAAAAUAAGCCCAAGCCCCCGGUCUUCAUUACCCGGGAGCCUGAACCUGUCAUGACUCCCUACAUUCUCGAGGUCCCCGGUGGAAGCGAUAUCGUUGAAGCCAUAUCCCGCUUCUGUCGACGGAAGAACAUGGGGCUCUGCGUCCUCACCGGAUCCGGAACCGUCGCCAAUGUCACCUUACGUCAACCCUCCACGACUCCCGGAGCGACAGUCACUUUCCAUGGUCGCUUCGACAUCCUCUCGAUCUCCGCUACUUUCCUUCCCUGUAUGACGUCGUUCCCCGUCCCUAACGGCUUCACAAUCUCGCUGGCUGGUCCGCAGGGCCAGGUCGUUGGUGGAUUGGUCGCCGGAGCCCUCAUUUCAGCUGGGGUCGUCUACGUCAUCGCAGCGUCGUUCAACAACCCCUCGUACAACCGGCUUCCGGUCGAUGACGAUGCUCGAAAUUCGGAGUCAGGAGGUGGCGGUGACGGGCACUCGCCGGCCGUUUCGGGUGGUGAAGAAAGUGGGCACGCGCCGGAGGAAUCGUGUGGGGUUUCCAUGUACAGCUGUCACUUGCCCUCUGAGGUCAUUUGGGCUCCAAGUGCUAGACAACCACCGCCUCAGCCACCACCUUACUAAUAAGUUCUACCAUAAAUUAUUUGGUGCUUUAUUUCUUUUGUUAAUCUGGGUACGUACUCUCGAUCUUAGGGGUUGUAUUGUUUUUUUUUUUUUUUUGUUCUUUCGGUUUGUGCCCGUCGGUUAACUUCCAUUUAAUCCUGAUGUUGAUGUUAUUUUA